CUUCUUUUUCUUCUGGAAUGGGAUGGGUCAGACGGUCACCACUGAUGGCCAGGAGCAGCAGAGAGCAGACACCCAGAUGUCCUGUGGCCAAGACCAGAAACAGCCAGACACUGACAGCUUCUUAGAGGUCGUCCUUGAGCAUAUCCUGCACACACUGAGCAGUGCGCAUCUGCAGCAACUGCUGAUUGACGAUGUCGCCUGGGAGAUACUGGUGGAGACGACCGAUUUGACCAGGGAGGAGGCAGAUGCUGUGCGUGAUGCUCUCACUAAGGUGAGCCUCCAGGCGAGGGAGAGGUUCUUGAACAUAUUUCCUCAUGUGAGAAAGCAGCUGCAGGAGGGCAUAGCCAAGCUCUAUGCCCUUGCAGAGAAGGUUGACAAAGUGCACAAGGACUGCACCAUCACCAACGUGGUGGCCGGCUCCAGCGGUGCUGUCUCUGGCAUCCUCACCAUCCUUGGCGUGGCUCUGGCACCUGUGACAGCAGGUGGUAGUUUGGCGCUGUCAGCCACUGGAAUAGGGCUGGGAGCAGCUGCUGCUGUGACUGGUGUUUCUGCAAGCAUCAUAGACCACUCAAACAUGUCGGCAGUACAAACUGAAGCCAGUCGCCUGCUGUCAAGCAAAAUGGACACAGAGAAGGAGGUUCUAGAGAUUGUGGGUGAGGCCACGCCCAAAUUUGUUUCUGCAACCAAGAAGUGUGGGCAAGUCUUCGAAGUCAUUGAGAAGAAUAUCUGUGCUAUUAAUGUGCCCAAAUCCACUCCUCAGUUACUAGCUAAAGCCCCCCGCCUCAUGAGUCCUCGGCAAAUCUCAGUCCAAAAUGGUGAGCAGGUGCAGAGAACCCUUGAAAGCAAUGUUCUGGCAAUGUCAAGAGGUGCCUCAAUCACAGGUGCAGCAACUGCUGGUGUUACCCUUCUGUGGGAUGUGUACAACCUUGUGUAAGACUCAGUGCAUUUACACAAGGGGGCAAAGACAGAAUCAGCUGCAGAGCUGUGGAAGCGGGCUCAGGAUCUGGAGAGGAAGCUGGAGGAGCUCAUCCAGAUCCAUGAGAGUUUGCAGUUGGACCUGACUAAGUGACAGAGUCCCCAAGCAGUGCAGAGCUCAGGGCCCAGGUGCAUUUCAAGCACAUGCACAAAGGCAGGAAGUGCUGCAGAGGGAAAAAGAGGGUGAGAUCAAGUCUAUGCAACUGGGUGUUCAGGAACUGUGCAUUUCUGUGGCUGAGCCCAAGCAGGGAGGGGUUAAUGCAGAUGAAGUGGAUUAAAGAGAAGGUAGGGCCCUGGGGUCUGACAUAAGGGAGAAGCAGUGACUAAAGGGUGUGGGAGAUAGGAGGAAAGAGUUUCUUUUUUCAUAAAGAUUCACUGGAGCCCUGGAUAGAAGCAGCUGCAGGAAGAAGCAGUGGGAAGUUCAGGGAAACAGAAGUUCAAAAACAGGACUCUGCUUCUCACCUUUCGCACAGUCUGACAUCCAACAACAGCACAGUAUACCCUUCCUGGUCUGUGUCUCUUUCUUUCCAGUGUCAAUAAAUGCUUAUCUCUGUCAUGCAGUGAGUUCAACCAUGACAGUGAUAAUGAUGAUGAUGAUGGUGGUGGUGGGUGAUGAUACUGGUGAUGAUGUUGGGAGUGAUAGUAGUGAUCACGGUGCUGCUGAUGGUGGUGGGCGGUGGGGAGUAAAGACAGUAGAGCUGGUGGAGCUCUUCACACAUGGCCAGCUCAGCAGAGUUGAGAACCAAUGAAGGACGCUGGUGGUGUGUGGUGAAAAAACAAUGAGGCCUGAAGAAAAUUAACCUCUAUGAAUUUCACUCUCUUCAUGCUUUGGAAAACGGAAUGCUGGACAAGAGGUAGCUCAGAUUUGUCUCUCCUUCCUGUAUUACAUUUUGCAGACUAGUUUAAUAAAUAUUUCUUAUUGUUUUGGAAAAA